CGGUUAUUAAUUCUAAGGGUUCAUUUUCUUUUUCCACUGCCGUUUUGAAUGUUGAAUGAGUGUGUUCAAUAAAGACAUGAGGGAUCAGAAUUUAUUUUGUGUUAUUAAUUUAGACACAUUAUAUUUGUCAAUACCCUGGACUUAGAUGAAGAUCAGAUCACAUUUUAUGACAAAUUUAUGCAGAAAACCAUGAAAUUCAAAAAGGUUCACAUAAUUUUUCUUGCUACUGUAUGUGUGUGUGUGUGUGCGUGUGCGUGUGUGCGCACGCGCACAUGGCACCCUCUAAGGGAUGGCAUUCCAAUCGGGCAUAUUUUUACUUUAAGUCCAGUAUUCCUGGAAUAGACUCUGGACCCAUAAACAAUAUAUAUUCACUGAUCAUUUUUUUAUUUAUUGCCUGUGACUAUGCACAAUUUGUCAACCAUCCUACACUCCCACCAUCAACUGAAAAAGCACCAUCACAGGACCAAUGCUUGUCAGAGGUUAUUUUUCAUACUAUUUUUAGUACAGAAAUUACACUGAUAUGAUGUGGCAUUUCAGUGGGUGUUGUGUAGAAUGCAAAGUAAUGAGGUAAUCCAUAUGCAUAAGUAAAGCCCACUUUUAGUAUCUAGUGAAUUGGGACCUAAAAAGGCUUAUAUAAAAACCUAGAGGUCACGGUUGUUUUUGGAGAAAUGAGAAUGAGUUUCUUGCACACAUGGUUUCUAUUCACUCAGGUUAGAGCAGCUGAUCCUCCCUGCAGUGUACAAGGGCUGCCCAAUCCUCCUCAGCUCAGCAAAGAUGGGGAUGUACUGAUUGGUGGGAUCUUUUCCAUCCACAGCAAAUGGAACCAGCCAGGACAAACAUUCACAUCAGGACCCCAGAAAGGAGAAUGCACAAGUUUGAAUCUCAGAGAAAUGAAAAAUAUACAAACAAUGGUAUUUGCCAUUGAGGAAAUCAACAACAGAACCGAUAUUCUUCCUGGGAUCAGUUUGGGUUAUAAAAUCUAUGCUGCCUGUGCAACAGUUGAAAUGACCACAAGAGCCUCAUUGUCCUUAGUAAAUGGUGAAAAAAAUAAAACUUCAGUGUCCUGCUCUAAAACUGAAACAGUUCAAGCAAUCAUAGGAGAAUCAUCAUCUACCCCCACUAUUGCCAUAUCCGCUACAGUGGGACCUUUACACAUACCUGUGGUCAGUCACGCUGCAUCAUGUGCAUGCUUAAGUGACAGAAGAAAAUAUCCAUCUUUCUUCAGAACUGUUCCCAGUGAUUAUUUCCAGAGCAGAGCGUUGGCAAAGCUGGUCAAAUAUUUUGGGUGGACCUGGGUAGGGGCCCUAUGCAGUACUAAUGAUUAUGGGAUGAAUGGUAUAAAUGAAUUCAUCAAUGCAGCGAAAAAAGAGGGAAUCUGUGUUGAGUAUUCCAAGACAUUUUAUAAGACAGACUCCAGAGAAAAAAUUCUGAACAUAGUUGAGAUUAUCAAGGCUUCAACCUCCAAAGUUAUUGUAGCUUUUGUUGCAUAUUCUGACAUGGGGGUUCUUUUAAAGGAAUUGGCCUUACAGAACAUGACUGGGUUUCAGUGGAUUGGAAGCGAGUCUUGGAUUUCUGAUUUAAACCCAGCCAAUGUUCAAUGGCAGCAUGUUCUAACAGGGUCUUUGGGUUUUGCUAUCCCAAAAGCUGAAAUCACUGGCCUUGGGGAAUUUCUGACUAAGCUUAAUCCAGCUUCUGAUAUACCUAUUUACAAAGAGUUGUGGGAGACAAUAUUUCAGUGUAAACUUUCAACACAAGAAAAUGUUGAGAUGAAACAACUGUGCAAGAGCAAUGAAAGUCUCACUCAAGUUCAAAACCUUUAUACAGAUGUUUCAGACUUACGAAUUGCAAAUAAUGUUUAUAAGGCUGUGUAUGCUGUGGCUUAUGCCCUGCAUAGCAGUUAUGGAUGUUCAAAGAGGGACAGUGGACAAGGUGCUGAUAUAGUGAAUGAGUUGAAGAAAAUCCAUUUCACCACUAAAGCAGGAGAGGAUGUAUUCUUUGAUGAGAAUGGAGACCCAGCAGCGAGGUAUGAUGUGCUGAACUGGCAGCAAAGUAAAGAUGGUAAAACAAUGAUUGUUAAAGUGGGCUUCUAUGAUGCCUCUCUGCAAACACACCGUCAGCUGUCAUUUAACAACAUCAAUAUAUCCUGGGCCCUAAACAAUUUGCAGGUGCCAGUCUCUGUGUGUAGUCCGAGCUGUCCCCCGGGCACCAGGAAGGCUGUGCAGAAAGGAAGGGCAAUCUGCUGCUUUGACUGUAUACCAUGCGCAGAGGGGGAAAUAAGUAACAUAACAGAUUCUAUAACUUGUAUCAAGUGCCCACCUGAACUGUGGUCUAAUGACAAGAAGGAUACAUGUGUCUUAAAGCUGGUGGAAUUCCUGUCAUUUGAAGAAAGAAUGGGAAUCAUUCUUGUAUCAUUUUCUUUGUUAGGAGUAUCUUUCACCAUCAUCAUUACUGUAAUUUUCUUUAAACACAAGGACACACCAAUUGUUAGAGCAAAUAAUUCUGAACUGAGCUUUCUGUUACUCUUCUCUCUUACUCUGUGUUUUCUCUGUUCAAUUACUUUUAUUGGAUGGCCAUCUAAUUGGUCCUGUAUGCUUCGCCAUACAGCGUUUGGGAUCAUCUUCGUCCUCUGCAUCUCCUGUGUUCUUGGGAAAACAGUAGUGGUGUUAAUGGCCUUCAGGGCUACACUUCCUGGCACUAAUGUCAUGAAAUGGUUUGGGCCUCUACAGCAGAGACUCAGUGUACUUGCCUUCACUCUUGUACAGGUCAUUAUUUGUGUGAUUUGGCUAAAUGUUUCUCCUCCUUUUCCUUACAAAAAUAUGAAUUACUACAAGGAAAAGAUUAUAUUAGAAUGUAGUUUAGGUUCAGCUAUAGGAUUCUGGGCUGUGCUGGGUUAUAUAGGAUUUUUGGCCUUUUUAUGUUUUAUUUUGGCUUUUCUGGCUCGAAAGCUACCUGACAAUUUUAAUGAAGCAAAAUUCAUCACAUUUAGUAUGCUCAUAUUCUGUGCAGUUUGGAUCACUUUUAUUCCAGCUUAUGUCAGCUCUCCUGGAAAAUUUACUGUAGCUGUGGAGAUAUUUGCCAUUUUAGCAUCAAGCUUUGGUUUACUAUUCUGCAUAUUUCUCCCAAAGUGUUAUAUAAUCAUCCUGAAACCAGAGAAGAAUACUAAAAAGCAAAUGAUGGGUAAAUGAUUUAGCUAGCUAAAUAGUCAGUAGUUUUGCACUGUUUAAUAUAUGUUUUAGUUUAGCUAAAAGACUUUUAAACAAAUCGUCAUAGAGACCUAUUAUUCAAUUAAUACAACAAAUAAAGUUAAA